AUGACCCCUGCGUCGGAGACGGAAACAGUGGAAGUCGGCGGUCAGCAGAUCGGGAAAGCUGGUGAUGGGGAAACCAAUGGAGCUGGUCUGACCGGUGGAACAGCAGUCUCACCAGGUCGGGUCGUGGAAGAUAAAGCACCUGGCGGCGCGAAAUGGAUGGUGGUUGGAGUAAGGGCGGUUGGAGUUGGUCACGAUGCUGUGGUGGAGGGCGAGUCAAUCGCAGCUCUGUCUCCGGAGAAUGAUGCGGCCGCAGCUUGCGAGGAUCAAGACAGGAACCAUGCUGAGCUGGGGGCUGGUCAGGGGAAUAUUCUAGACCAAAGCGGAGGUAGUGGGGUUGUUGGAUGGGCUGGGGAAGGUUGUGGAGGUGCUAGACCUGGGCAAGGGGAAUGUGAUAAAGAUAACGGGGAUAGUGACUCUCAGUGCUUAGAGGAGCAUAUGUUGGAAAACAAAUUGACCUGGGAGCUGGCGAGGGAAUCAGGUGCUGUGUUGUACAAUGAGGAAGAUGACAUAAUGGCAAUUCUUCAGGUGCAGAACGAAGAAAUAGCACAAAAGAGGAAAGUGGCAAAACAAAAGGCGAAGAUGAGGAGAGAGGAGAAGAGUUAUGUGUGGGAGGAGUUGAGUUACAUUGCUGGGUUGUGUCAGGUCCCUUGCUGUUUCAUGGGAGACUUUAAUGAGAUAGUGAAUGUGGAGGAACGGAAAGGCAUUGUUAAUUUACCUCUGUCUACAGAAGAAUUCAAGAUUUGGAUGCAAGAUAUGCACUUAGUGGAUCUGCCACUUAUAGAUCGCAAGUUUACGUGGUUUCAAGGCCGUUCAUGCAGUCGAAUUGAUAGAACUAUGGUUAGUGUAGAAUGGCUAGAAGAGUUCCCUGAGACUCGGUUAAGAGGCAGACCAAGGGGCUUGUCAGAUCACUGCCCUAUUAUUGUGGAAGAUAAGAGGAUGAGGGAAGAUCCUAGGCCUUUUCGGAGCCUUGAUUCGUGGUUUACACAUGAAGGUUUUCUUAGAAUGGUUAAGGAGGAAUGGAGAGGGUUAGGGGAGUUGCAGUUUACAGAAAAAUUGAAGGCGUUGAUGGGACCUUUGGGAAGAUGGCAUAAGGACAACUUUGGUGAGAUGGACAAGAAGAUCUUGAAGUUUGAGGAAGAGAUAAAAAAGGUAGAUGACAUGGGGAGUUCUCCUUUGUUGGGGUUCAGAGAUGGUUUGGUGGAAAAGAUAGAUGAGGAAGAAUUUGUGACCUUGGAGGCGAUGCCAUCGGCUGAGGAAAUUAGAGAGGCAGUGCGGGAUUGUGAGUCAUCGAAGGUGCCAGGCUGUGAUGGGUACAACAUGAAUUUUAUUAAAAGGUGCUGGGAUGAGAUUGGGGCGAAAUUUACGGUAGUUGUGAUGGGAUUCUUUCAGACAUCCAGGUUACCGGCAGAUUCCAAUAUUACGUGGGUGGCGCUGGCCCCUAAGUUCAUUGGUGCGAAGGAGAUUAAAGACCUCAGACCUAUUAGUAUGGUUGGAUGUGUGUACAAGGUUAUUUCAAAGGUGCUAGUUAGGUGGAUGAGAGCAGUGAUGCCAGGAUUAGUAGGGGAGACUCAGAGUGCGUUUAUGAAGGGUAGAAAAUUUCAUGAUGGGGCUCUCAUAACGUGUGAAACAGUGCACUAG